UCUAUAUCCCCAAUCACCAUAGAAGAGUUAUAAUGCAAAUGAUGGGGGCCGCAUGGAGACGGUGGAGGACUGAAGUGAAAGCUACAUCUUAUGAUUCAAAUAUUCCACUAGAAGAGCUUGUUGCAAUACAACCCAUUCCUCAUGGAUUAACACCUCAAACUUGGGAAGUUUUAUGUAACUAUUGGAAGUCUACUGAGAAAACUUCAAAAAUCAAUAGAGAAAAUGCAAACAAAAAGAAAGGGACUCAUGCACAGGGACGCACUAAUAUUCCGUCAUUGGAAUAUAAAUUUUCUCAAGAGAAUGGUAGAAAACCAAGUCGUAUUGAAAUACAACAAUUGAGUCGGAGAAGUAGAAAGAAAGGAGGUGCCGCUAUUGACGAUGAGGCAAUACGAACUGAGAAUUUACUUAAAGAGGCUGUAGAUCGUCUCCUCAAAGAUAAACCUGAAGGAACACAACCACUGGAAGUCCAUGAGGAGGCAUUUCGUUAUUACAUAUGGUUCAACUUUAAUUAUAUUCUUUAUAUAGUGAGGUUUAUGGACCUGAGCAUUCUGGUCGGGUACGAUGUUUAUGAGCUGGUGCGCUGCCUAGCCAAGUGUUCCCAGAGCAAUGUAAACGCAGCUCAAUGUAUUGGCAAGAUUAUCACUCAAAUUCAGAUUUGA